GAAUCUCUUUAACAAUGGAUUUCAAGAAAUAGAAAGCCAUGCCUUCAAUGGAACUAAAAUACGAGAACUGCUUUUAAAGAACAACAAAAAUCUGCGUCUGAUUCAUGAAGAUGCUUUCAGAGGAGCGUUUGGUCCCACUAGGCUGGAUGUUUCAUCCACGGCCCUGGAGACACUGCCCUCUCGUGGCCUGGACUCUGUGCUGACGCUGGUGGCUCGUUCAGCGUUCGCUCUGAAGAGACUUCCUCCUCUGAACGGACUGAAGAGCCUGAGAGAAGCGCAGCUCACGUAUCCCAGCCACUGCUGUGCUCUACUCAGCUGGGACUCCAACAGGGAGGAAUCUGUUAUCACUGCAUUAAGAAAUGGAUCAUCAAUCUGUGCAGACGAUUCACCAGCUAAUCCAUCUGAUGUCGCCUCUGAUGAUUCUCUUGCAUCUGACAUUGAUGGAUACACCUCAGCUGAGGACAAGUUUGGCAGGAUGGACUUCCAUUACCCAGACUUGGACGAGUGUCACCGACCGGCCCUCCAGUGCAGCCCAGAGGCCGAUGCCUUCAACCCCUGCGAGGACAUCGCCGGGUUCAGCUUCUUGCGGGUGGCUAUUUGGUUCAUCAACGUUCUGGCCAUCGUCGGCAACCUGACCGUGCUGCUUGUGUUAUUUACCAGCCGCUGCAAACUGACCGUCCCCAAAUUCCUGAUGUGCCACCUGGCCUUCGCCGACCUCUGCAUCGGUGUGUAUCUGCUUAUGAUCGCCACCGUGGAUCUCAUGACACGAGGGCAUUACAGUCCACGCUAUCGAGUGGCAAACUGGAGCGGGAUGCGGGAUCGCGGGUUUCUGUCGGUGUUCGGCGGCGAACUAUCUGUCUAUACUCUGUCUACCAUAACUGUUGAGCGCUGGCACACGAUCACACACGCUCUGCGUCUGGAGCGCCGUCUGGGAUUGAGGCACGCUUCUUCGAUAAUGGUCGUCGGAUGGGUGGUUUGUCUAGGAAUGGCUCUCCUCCCGUUAAUGGGCGUCAGCAGCUACAACAAAGUCAGCAUGUGUUUGCCGAUGGACAUCGAGACGCCUUUAUCUCAAGCCUACAUUAUACUCCUCCUGCUGUUCAACGUCGGCGCUUUUCUUGUGGUUUGCGGCUGCUAUGUGCGCAUCUACACCGCCGUUCGCAACCCAGAGUUUCCUGGACGCACUGCCGACGCCAAGAUCGCCAAACGCAUGGCUGUGCUGAUCUUCACCGACUUUCUGUGCAUGGCUCCCAUUUCGUUUUUCGCCAUCUCUGCGGCCUUCAAAGUCCCGCUUAUCACGGUGACCAAUUCUAAGAUCCUCCUUGUGCUUUUCUACCCCAUCAACUCGUGCACAAACCCCUUCCUCUAUGCCAUCUUCACCAGGGCCUUCAGAAAGGACGCAUACAUCCUUCUGAGCUCCAUGGGCUGCUGCGAGAGCAAAGCCAACUUGUACCGAAUGAAGACGUACUGCUCGGAGAACGUCACCCGAAGCAAGAGCAGCUCCGGCUCCAAUGGGAACUCCAAAGCUCCUCGCGCCGUUGUGUGGAUGUCCAGCUUUCCUCACGUAACACCUCGAUCGCAAAUGCAAAGGGUGUAGACAAAAGGACAUUCAGACUCAUUUAAUUCCAUUAUUUUCUUGAUGUUCUGCCCUUGAACAUUGCUCAGUCUUAUCUGGGAAGAUGAUCUGGUUUGCAGAGGAUAAUGCUACUCAUUUUCACUCUUAUUUGUAAAUGUAUCGACUUAUAAUUCAGAAGACGUAUGUCUCUUUUGACAGAGAAUCUAGAGGCUUUUGAUGCAUCAAAAAGCCACACUAUGUGACAAUCUCUACAAGAUCUUUCUUAUUUUAAAGUGAGGUGGGAACCAUUAGACAUUUUCAGAAACUCUUCACAUGCUACAAGAGCAUUUUAUCCAGUGGUUGCCUGAAUUUUGAAUGUUAUGAAUGUUCUUUUGCAUAAUUGCUGUAAAAAGUUUAAUUUGUCAGUUUAAGGUCUUUUAAUGUGGAAAAGAGUUUCCUUAUUUCAGGUAUAGGCCUAUAUUGUUAUAUAACUCAGCUAGUUGCCAUCACUGAUAUUUGAAGAACACUCCAGUCUGAUUGUCUGAGUGGGUUUAUAUGGGCCACUGGGGAAGAGCGCCACUUUGUGGACACAUUUGAAAACUAGGCCUUUUGUUUUGAACAUUACAAGAACGUUUUUUAAUUACUGUAGUA